AUCAGAUAAUAAUAAAUAAAUAAAUAAAAAAAAAAACACACACCGACGCCGACGCGGGUCGGACCCGUAAAUAUCUCCAUUUUCUUCUACACCUCGAAGCUUCACUCUCAGAUCUCAACUCCUCUCCGUACACACACACACACACACACACGCACUACUCCGGCUAACAAUACAUACAAAUUCACGUAUCUAUAUCCCUGCUCGGAGACCCCACACACAACGCACAAAUCCACCACAUUUUCGUAUUUUGUGUGUGUUGAAUCGAGACCUUGAUUUGUAGCAGCACUCGAAGAGAUUGGGAAUUGAUUUAGGGUUCGUGAUUUGAGAAACUGCAGUAAUUACGGAUUUGUCCUGGGGCGAUCGUGAUGGCGGUGGCGGUCCGGGGCGGUCGGGUCGGAUCGGGAGGCGGAUCCGUGAUCCGGAGCUUCUUCAGCUACAAGAUCUUCGUUUCGGCUAUGUUCACCCUCCUCUUCCUUGCUACUCUCUCAGUUCUGCUCUCCUCUCACCAGUCACACAACGAUGCCGUUAUGGAUACUACAGGAAAUACACAUGUACGGAGAACUUUUCUAGCAUGGCAGUCGGAUCCGCUGAAGACUAGGUUAGAUAUGAUAUACAAUCAGGCAAAUAAUCACAUUGCGUUAGUUAAUGCGUACGCUACAUAUGCGAGGAAGCUGAAACUCGAGAUAUCUAAGCAGCUGAAAAUGUUUGAUGAUUUGGCUUCGAAUUUCUCGGACCUUCAAUUGAGGCAGACCUAUCGUGCCGCGUUGUUUGAAGCCAACGGGCCGGUUGACGAGGAUGUGUUGAGGCAGUUCGAGAAGGAGGUCAAAGACAAAGUUAAGAUUGCUAGGCUAAUGAUAGCAGAGUCUAAAGAGUCGUACGACAACCAGUUAAAGAUACAGAAAUUGAAAGACACGAUUUUCGCUGUCAACGAGUUGCUUUUGAAGGCCAAGAAGAACGGUGCAUUUGCCAGCUCGAUCGCUGCAAAGUCAACCCCCAAGAGUCUGCAUUGCCUUGCGAUGCGGCUUAUGGAGGAGAGAAUUGCGCAUCCAGAGAAAUACGUGGAUGACGAGCCAAAGCCUGAAUUUGAGGACCCCACUUUGUAUCAUUACGCGUUAUUUUCAGACAACGUGAUUGCAAUCUCUGUGGUUGUUAACUCGGUUGUUAAGAAUGCAGAGGAGCCGUACAAGCACGUUUUCCAUAUUGUUACUGACAGGAUGAAUUUUGCUGCCACCAAAGUUUGGUUCAAGAUGAGGCCGAUACAAGGUGGGGCCCACAUCGAGAUCAAGGCGGUGGAUAAUUUCAAGUUCUUGAGUGCGUCGUACGCACCGGUCUUGAAACAAAUUAAGUCCACAAACUUGCAGAAAUUCUACUUCGAAACAAGGGCAGAGAACACUACUAAAGAUGUGAACAGCAUGAAAUUUAGAAAUCCCAAGUAUUUAUCCAUGCUCAACCACCUCCGAUUCUACCUGCCUGAACUUUACCCUAACCUGCAGAAGAUUUUGUUUCUGGACGAUGAUGUAGUAGUUCAGAAAGAUUUGACCGCCCUCUGGAAAAUCGAUAUGGAUGGAAAAGUUAACGGAGCUGUCAAUACCUGCUUUGGGUCGUUCCAUCGCUUUUCUGAAUAUUUAAACUUUUCUCACCCUCUCAUCAAGGAGAAGUUUAAUCCGAGGGCUUGUGCAUGGGCUUUCGGCAUGAAUAUGUUUGACCUUGAUGCUUGGCGGCUGGAAAAAUCCACCGACCAAUAUCAUUAUUGGCAGAAUUUGAACGAGGACCGUACAUUAUGGAAAAUGGGUACACUGCCAGCUGGACUCGUAACUUUUUACUCAACAACGAAGUCAUUGGACAAAGCAUGGCAUGUGCAGGGGCUUGGAAUAAACCCCAGCAUCAGCAUGGAAGAGAUCGACAAGGCUGCGGUUAUCCAUUUCAGCGGCGAUAUGAAACCUUGGCUGGAUAUUGCUAUGAACCGCUACAAGCAUCUCUGGACAAAGUACGUCGACAAUGAAAUGGAAUUCGUGCAGAUGUGCAAUUUCGGCAUGUAAAAGGAACACUUUUCAAUUCGAUGUAAGUCGGUUUAACUUUCAUAAGGAAGGUUCUAGAUUGUUCUAAUGUUAUUUGCUUUCUUGUUACUACGGGAUUGGCCUAAAAUCGAGACAUCGUCUUUUUUUUGUAUACACGAAUAUAUUCUUUUGUAGAGGGUAGGCAUAAUGACUCGGAAAUAGAGAGUGGGAGGGUUACUAUCUUUGCUCUCUUGAAAGGUUCUUGAUCCCGUUUUUGAGCUUGCCGUUAUAUUCUACUUUGGUUAGUUAUGUGAAAAUCCCACGUCGAUUCGGUAUUUUGGUAAAUCUUUUAGCUACUGAAAAUUGGUUUCGUUCCAA